AUGGCGACUACCCAAAGUCAACUGAUGACCGCGAUUCGUCCUUAUUUGCAUGUUUUUUCCAUUUUCGCGAUCACACCUCCAGUUGCGUGUUUUCAGAAAUCCUUAAGAAAAAGUUGGUGCUCGUACUUGGUGCCAGGAUAUGCUUGCUAUACCUUGGUCAUAUUUUUAAUGGUGAUGUAUGAGUGUUACAUAAACAUGACUGCAUUGGAAAGGGAAAUCAAAGACUUUAAGGUGGAGGACUUCACUCUGUUUAUGGGAAAUACUCACAAGAUUCUCAUGGCACUUGUGCUGUUUUGCAAUCAUUUAAAUAUGCUGACUCAAUGGCGGCGUCUUAAGAACAUCUUCAAGGAUAUGGGUGAUCUGGACGAACAGGUCGACAAAGCCUUGGAACAAUAUGGAGGGAUGGUUUCCCUCGGGAAAUUCCGAUUGCGUUUGGCUCUAGGAGUUGGAUGGUGGAUGUGCUUCUGCGUUGUGGCCAUUCCUUAUUUAACCCACCUGGCUAUUGGAUCCUAUGUGGGGUGGCCAAACAAGGUUCUCACACAGUUCAUACUGGUUAUGAUACAACUCAAGGGCCAGGAAUUUUGUGUUUUCGUAAUUUUAAUUCAGGAGUUCAUACGCCGUAUACGACACACUCUCGAGAAGAUCCUAGAGGAGCUCAUAGACUGCGAGGAAACCGAGGAACUACAAAAGUUGUGCGUUGCUCUGAGGCAGAAUCAGACCCUCGCUGGACGAGUUUGGCAUUUGGUGGAAGAAGUUAGUGGGUACUUUAGCUUUCCCAUGAUUUUUAUGUUCCUCUAUAAUGGAUUAACAAUACUACACGUGGUCAACUGGGCCUACAUAAAGCAAUUAGUUAUCGAUGAUGAUAUGAAAUAUUUACGUCCACUUCGGUGUUUGGUGUUGCUGACAAGUCUUCUAAUAGUUUCUUUUCACUGCGAUCGUUGCAUUAAAGGUUAUAAUAAAGAAAUUCCUCGGCUUCUUCAUCGGAUGAGUACCAUUCCAGCAGCUUCGAGCUUUGUGACCCUAAAAAUGGGCAUACGGGAAUACACCUUGCAGAUGCAGCAUCUUAAACUACAUUUCAGUUGCGGUGGAUUCUUUGACAUUAAUCUGAAGCACUUUGCAGGGAUAGUGAUCACCAUAUACGGUUACGUAGUUAUACUUUUGCAGUUCAAAAUUCAAUCUAUUGCUGAAGAAAAGUAUAAAUUAAUAUUUAAUAGCAGUGCUAGCGAAAUUAUUUAA